CGGAAAAUGGAGAUAUGAGUGACGAUGAAGUAAUGGUAUUCGUAGAUCAUGAUAAUGGCAUGAAUAUUGAGGAUGAUGCAUCUACUGAGUGUAAUCAAUCUACUGAGUACAAUAUUGAUGAUGAUAUAUCAAUGGACGAAGAAUCAAACGACACCAUAGAGCUUAUGGAUGAAGAUGAAUAUAUAUUAUGCCAAUCUAUCAAAGAUUUCAAAAAGGAACUGCGACUAGAUAAGUUGUUACUAUUAGAUUUAAGGCUUUGGAAAGCGGCACGAGCAGGUCUUAGAGAGUUAUAUGUAGGGUCUUUGAUUGUGAGUCGAGAAUAUAAAAAGAUUUUGGGUAUUCGGUUUGCUCGUAAUUAUGUCAAACUUGCAAAGGCAUUUCUUACGCCAGAUCGUGAACCUGAGCAUUCUAUUGUCCUUUUCUCUGUUCAACUCUUUACUGUACCUUCUAUAUCUGCCAUCCUUGUCACACAAUACAACUUCCUUUCCACAAUAUUUGCAAUACUUCACACAUUUUUCACCUCAGAUACAGUUGGAGGCCCUAUAAAUUUACAUGCAAAAAUCGAUUGUGAUUCUGACAGUUUUAAAAAUCGACGUUAUUUUCACAUAUUUCAAGAUCUUCGGUACAUCAUUAGCAAUGAUAUUGUAAAAAAGGCAGUUCCAAACCAACAUUAUUAUCUGGCCCAGUAUCUCAAUUUGAUUGCUUUGUUCCAAGGAAUGAACCCUAAUGUGCGUGCUACUCAGCAACACGUUGAAUAUGAGAAUGAUAGCUGGGUAAAUGCGUUCAAUGCUACUUUACAGAUAGCCAAAAGUUGUCGUCAGUUUUCAGAGUGUUACGCUGUAGAUACUGCAACAUUAUGUACGACCAUUCACAUGGUCUUACGAAAAUUAUAUGAAAUAUGUGUGAGGAGUGAAGAUGAUGUAGACAAAAUGGAUGAAACAAGUGAUGAACAUCAAAAGGAAGCUUUAACUCCUAAUUGGGUAACAUCCGCUCCUAGUUCAUAUGAGCCACUUGCAAGUACUACCAAAUCGUCGGAUGGAAGUGAUGAUAAGGAUGGCAUUAGUUCCCCUAUACGCGAGCCAGAAUUUCACGAUGUAACUUUUCCACAGAAUAAUUAUUUACUUUCUUUCAAGGUUGUAAAGUUUGAAGUUGCUUCGCAGCCUGUAAGCUUUCAUCACCCAUUACACUGGUUUUUGGCUGAAUUGCUAGAACAUGUAGAUUUAUUGGAUGACGAUAUUUUAAAGCAAUAUGGGUUGGAUAGUUUACAGAAUAUGAUAUUAGGAUUUAAUGUUGGAAGCGCGGAAACAAGUUUAGUAAAUCAAAAAGCUAUAGAAAAAAUUUUGGGUGUUCUAGAUUAUCCGUUGAGAGCCCAGAUUCGUGCUGGAUUAUGGGUGCGAAAUGGUUUUGGUAUUCGCGGUCAAUGUCAUCAUUACCGAGAGUUUUCCCUUCGAGAAAAUACUUAUGACGAGGACAUCUUUCUUAUUCAGACUGCAAUGGUUAUUUUGGAUCCAAAUUUGGUUCUCGCUACUAUCUUGGACCGAUUUGACCUUGUAGAUUGGUUUAAUGGUGGAACUACACACAAUAUAUAUGAUACUUCACAAUUAAUAUUCAUUGCGGAAGAACUAUUAGCACUCUUGAUUAUUUGUGUCAGUGAACGUGCUAAUGCGGCUGGAUUGACCGUUGAACAAGAGAUUAGACGAGAAAUAAUUCACGGGUUGUGCUUAGGUUCUAUAGCGUAUUCGGAAUUGACAAAACGUAUACCAGACCGUCUUACAGGGGAUCCACUGUUUGACGACAUAUUAAAACAACUUUCCCAUUAUCGUCCCCCGGAUACAUUAACUGAUCAUGGGCUAUAUGAGCUUAACGAUCAGUAUUUUGAAGAAGUAGAUCCUUAUUUUAUACAUUAUUCGCGAAACAAUCGCGAAGAAGCGGAAGAAGCUUUGAAAAAUAGAAUGAAGAAAAAAAUGGAUAGUUUCGAAAAACAAAGCACGCCAUUAAUCAUACCAAAAUUGAUUCCUAUUACCAGUGGACCCUACGUACGGUUGGGAAAUAUUCUCCAUGCGCGUUUGUUAAACCAAAUAAUAUUUUAUUCUCUUUGGCACGUUAAAACUGAAGAAAAAAUUAAAUCAGACACGCUGAUAGAUGAAGCACUUCAUCUAGCUAUGCUAGCCUUAUCAGACGAAAAUAAUGAUAUUAUUCGGGAAAACAAGCGAAAGGGCAAGCAAAAAGCAAUCGAUGCACCGAUAUCAACAGAUAUUGAUGAGGGCAUGCCUGGGUUCAUGUAUUAUGCCACAAACGACUACUUCCACGAGACAAACAAUAACGCAAUGGAAACUCAUGGCACAAGCUUAUUAGAAUUAUUACUUCAAUUUUCUUGCGAGCAAAGUUUCAAAGAAUUUCAUCACAAAAUAGCUUUUAUAAUCAAUAAGUUUGAACAGCUGGGUAGUGAUAUAGCUAAAAUGGCCAUCUCUAAGCAUUAUGAGAAAAUUCGACUCGAAUCGCAGUCAAAAACGGGGGAGGAAGAUGGGCUUUCGGAAUAUGAACGGAAAAAACAAGCCGCUAAAGAAAGACAAAAAAAGAUUAUGGAACAGUUCGCUAUUGCACAAAAAAGUUUUAUAGAUAAACAUGAGGAAUUAUAUGAUAAUGAUGAAAUGGAUCAGGAUUGGGAAAUUCCAUCUACCGGAGAUAAAUUAGAAGUUGAUAUUAUAAAAAGCUCAGAGACUUUUUGGUCAUAUCCCACAGGAACUU